UCUCAUCUGAAAGCUGUAUGAUUGCACAACAUACAUUGAAGAGCUUGCCUCCACUCGUCGAUUCGAAGCAAGAAUGUUUAAACAUUCAGCAAAGACAACUUCAGUUCGAUGAGCUCGUACAGCACGAAACCAUAGGAACUGGAACUUUUGGAAGAGUCAAGUUAUGCAGACAUGCAGUGACGGGAUUCUACUAUGCGAUGAAGAUCCUCAGCAAGGGAGAAGUCCUACGUCUGAAGCAGUGGGAGCAUGUUCAAUCAGAGAAAGAGAUUCUCCAGAAGAUCCAACACCCGUUCAUCGUCCAACUACAUGGCAAAUUUCAUGACUCGAAGAAUCUGUACCUCGUGCUUGAGCUUGCGUUGGGAGGAGAGCUUUUCUGGCAUUUGAGGAACUGUGCGAGGUUUCCAAAUGAAACCGCAAGAUUCUACGCUUCACAAAUCGCGCUUGCUCUAGAAUAUUUGCACAGCAAAAACAUCAUCUAUCGUGACCUCAAGCCGGAAAACCUUCUCUUGGAUGAACAAGGAUACAUCAAGCUGACUGACUUCGGCCUGGCAAAGGAGAUCACCGAUAGAACCUGGACCCUGUGCGGGACCCCUGAGUACUUGGCGCCUGAGGUGAUCAAGAGCAAGGGGCAUGGAAAGGCAGUGGACUGGUGGACAUUCGGCAUCCUCAUCUUCGAGAUGUUGGCGGGAUAUCCACCCUUUUACGCUGACAACACGUUUGCAAUCUAUCAGAAGAUUCUUCUGUUGAAGGUCGAUUAUCCGAAGCACUUCGAUCCUCAAGCAAAAGACAUCAUCCGUAAGCUGCUCCAGUCAGAUCGAACAAAGCGCAUUGGAAACCUCAAAGGAGGCGCUGAUGACGUCAAGAAACACAAAUGGUUCAAGGGACUUUCCUGGGAUUACAUUCUGCGCAAGCAAAUCCCAGCACCGAUUGUGCCUAAAAUAAGGCACGCAGCAGAUACAAGCAACUUUGAGCAAUAUCAGGAUGACGACGAACAAGUAUAUGAUCAUUCAGAAAUGACAAGGCUUUGA